GAGAACACACUGUGCUGGUGACAGCAAAAUAGACACAGAGAUUCUAACAUCACAGUCUUUCUCCCGUGGAAAUGUGUCGGCCUGUGGAUAUCACCAUAUGUUGCUCACUGUCUCGGUAAAAAUGAAAACUGAGAGGCUGGACUUGAAUUUGUCAGUUUCAUGGCUUUCACAUGUUUUGGAUACAGGGAGCAUUCACAGUCUGACACCUGAAGAGCCCCAGAGAGUCGGCCAGCAUGUCAUCCAACUCCACGGCCGAUAAUCUGUGUGCACCGGACGACACCCUCUGUAUAAUACGGGAGCAUCAGCCGGCCGUGAUAAUCGUGCCGACGCUGCUCCUCGCUGCCACCCUGGUCACCUUACUGGCCCUGCUCCUCAUGAGGUACUGUCCUGAACGGAAGCGGACUCGGAUCACAGCCCUUCAAAGCUACAGCAGCUCAUCACACAGACACACGCAGAGACACAGCCACAGACAUCACUUACAGGGCAUCGACGCACCCCCUGGGUUAAACCCACUGGAACAUGAAGAGCUGCCGAUGUCAGUUCAACAAGUGCAGCAGAAUGUCAGGCCGACCCUGACUGCACUACCACAGACGUCCACAGAGAGGCAUCAUGAUGCCUUCAGCCAGAUCACUGCCCUGCCGCUGUCCUUCUCCAUCAAACCAAGUGACACAGUCAGGCUCCACAGGGCCCGCAUGGACAACAGGGAUGUGAUCCUGAGGGUGCUGAAAGAAUCUGCAAACAGCAGCGAGAAGCAGGACUUUCUGGGUUUCGCGUCCUUUGUCUCCGGACUGGGGCCACACCCCUUUCUACCUGUGCUGCUGGGUAAAGUUUCAGUGCAGUCGCCCCUGCUGAUGGUGAUGGAGGAACUGCAUCACAGAGACCUGCUUGGGUUCCUAUGGAGAUGUAGACAGGAUCACUCAGGUGUGGAGUCUCCAUGUGACAUGACAGAGAAGAGGAUCUUCACCAUGGCAGGACAAGUGGCCUCUGCUCUGGAGUAUCUGCACAGUCAAAGCUGCAUUCAUGGCAACAUAGGCGCUCGCAGCGUUCUGGUUGGUGGAGAUCUGACAGCAAAGCUGUGGGGAUUGGGCCCGGCCUACCGCAGGAGAACACAGGCCGGUUCACCGGGGGAAGUGGAGGACAUGGAGCUGAGGAAGUGGCAGGCACCUGAAGUGCUGGCCAGGCGGGCCGUCAGUCCAAGCAGCGACGUGUGGUCCUUUGGUAUCCUGCUCUAUGAAAUGGUCACACUGGGUGACCCACCGUUUGAUCAGCUCAUGGCCACUGAACUUCUGCAGCAUCUACAGAGAGGACGGCAUCUCAAACGGCCGAGCACCUGCUCCAACUCACUGUACUCCUUAAUCCGGUCCUGCUGCCACUGGAGCCCACAGCAGCGUCUCUCCAUGUCGGAGCUGAUUCAAAGACUGCAGGCGGGAGAGAAAUCAGCCAAUGGGAGGACAGUGAUCAGAGUACCUGAACCACUGGACAUCGAGAGCUACCUGAGGGAGGCGGGAUAUGGAGAGGCGUACAACUACGCUGUGCUCUGAUUGGCUGAGAGCGACGUCAGUCAGGAUCACCUUUGCGCUGUUGUUGCCGCCAUCUUCUUUGUGUCUUCUUUGACACUGAAAGGACUGCUGCAACUAUUAAUGAAGAAGACGAAGAAGAAGACGAAGAACAAGAACAAGAAGAACUUUAUCAGAAAAAUGCACAUUAUAAUUAAUUAUUCUUUAUGAAGUCAAGUUUUUGUUUUGCACUUGUACUGUUGGAACAUUUUAAAGCACAAUCACUUUACAUGUUUAAAGAGUAAUAUAUGGAUUGUAAAUAUGUCUUUUUCUGUAACCUAUAAUUAUGUUGACAAAAACAAUGCUUGUUUCCUGCAUGUUUUAGUAUAAAGAAGGAGUUUGACAGCAGCGGAUCACAGGGGCACAACUACACACUACUGCAUGAAAAUAACUGAAAACUCUUGAACGCAACACAAAUGAAAUCUGCUGGAAAGAGUUGUCAUUUCAGACAGCAACGGACGGCUUGAAGUGAUGAUCACCGGUAAAACAUGAGAAGACUGGUUUUGUCCACUUCAGUCUGAAAUCAAGGCCACGGCCUAAGCAUGGCGGGGUACAGCUGCUGUGUAUCCCACUGACCUGGGCAGCGACCCCGGGUCAGCAGUGUGGUAAAUUAAUCAAAAGCUCUUACAACUAGA